UAAUGCUGCUUAUGUCACACGGGCGACAAGAAGAAUCGCGUCGCAGUAGCUCCAAACGUUGUCAACAAGUAUGCCAAAUCUACCACGCCGAGCAAGCUCUGUCUGCUGAUGAAUUAAGGUAAAUUGAUACCUUCUGUGAUAUUUUAGAUUUUUUUUAUGCGAAGAUAUUGCUACGUUAUAAUGGUUAUUUCAGUUUUUGUAGCGAGGGGAAAAGUCAACUCGAUGUUGUUGUGCUACAAUGGCUAGCGCGUUAACGUUAGUAACGUUAGUUAGGUUAGCUGCCUGCCCGAGUUGGCGCAAAAGGCGUAACUAGCUAAAUCGUUUACGAUAAACAACUGGUUUGCAGGGCUAGCUACAGUAGUGUCUGUUUUGCUGACAAAUCCGGAAUUUGGGCUGUCUGCUCGGACAGAGUAACAGUAGUGGAGUUUGUGUGCACUAACUCUGCCGUGGCUCGUUGGUCCAAAGCCAGUGAUUUGUAUAUUGGUCAAAGCCUAUGGGGACAUUUUGUGCGUUUUUGAUUUCAUCAGUGUUUUAAACAUUGGCUAAAGGUAAUGUGAACUGACUGGUUGUGUCAUAGAAAAAAACGUAUAACAUCUACUCAACCUAUGUUAACCUCAGAACCUUUUAUUUUCUGCUUUAUCCCAAAAAAUAGUUUUUAUUUGUAUUUCCCCUGCGCUGCACCAACAAGCCAUGGGGUUAACUCAUUUUCAUUUUAUGACCACAAACUGGCGAGUUCUAUAGAUACAUCAGUCUUGGAUGCUCUAAUACUAGCUUUUGAUCUGUUAUCUUAGUAGCUAACUAGCUAGUCCGAGUGGUUGUGUUGAUGUGGGCACUUUUUUUUUUAGUAAUAGAUUGAACCAGAAUCUGGCUUUACAGGAGAUGUUGAAUAUCCAAGGCCAUAUUCUGGUCCAGUCAUAGAGGUUCUACUACCCAGCACAGCUUUGUUAAUCCACUAAAUCUAUGCCUACAUUUAUGCCUGUUUUACCAUUAAGUUCCUGGUUUUCCAGCUUGAUUGCGCCUGCAAUUGUCCUUGUUUGUGCCUGUGUCAACUAUGGAGACAACUCAAGUGACUUUGGCAGUUAGGGGAGACACAUCCCCAGGUAAGACCAACCCCUACUGCAGGGCAGCAGACUCAUCUGAAACAAGAAGACUAUUCAAUUCAAGACAACUUUAUUCAGAAAGAUUGACAACGAACCAGACAGUCAGGAAUGUCAGCUUUUAGUUCAUCUCAGUUAGCUGACCCGGAACUAAAAUCUUGAGUAAGUUGGUCAGAUUCUCGAUUUACGUAGUUUGUCCACGAGAGUUUAGCUGAAAAGCACUUGAUCAUUAGAGCCUGAUGAGAGAGAGUGUGUGUGUGGUGAAUGUCUACAGUUAUGACUUGUUUAAUUGAACGUAAUAAUAUGGUGUAUGACUAGGUGAGGUGAUAGCUGUGGUUGGUAGCUGUGAAGCUUUAGGAGGCUGGUGCCAUCAAAGAGCUGUGACCCUACAACCGGUUGAACACGAUGGCACAUUGUGGAAGAGGACCGUCAGUGUGCCCAGAGGUGCUGUGCCAACCUAUCGUUACUUCAAAGGCCACUUCCUGGAGUCAAAGAAUCGCACCUUGAUAUUGACGAUGGCCAAUUUGGAUUCCACAACGGCUCAGUGUGUAUGGACUCUGGGUGGCUGACGUGCCAGACAGAGAUCCGUCUGCGUCUGCACUUCUCCAAGACGUCUCCCGUAUCCAUCACCAAGAAGAAAUACAAGAAGUCUCGCUUCAGGAUCAAGCUGACGCUUGAGGGUGUGGAGGAGGAGGAUGAUGAAGAUGAAGAGCCGGAGCAGAGUGCAGCGUCAUGGCACAAGAUGACCACCACGCUGGAGACCAGUAUGAUCAGUGGAGAUGGGUACAAGUCCCGCCACUCCCAGCCUGAGUGUGGUUACGCCCUGGAGGCCUCACAGUGGACAGAGUACAUCAUCCACUCCAUGGACCCCGACAACCUAGAACUCACCUUUGACUUCUUUGAGGAAGACAUGGGCGAGCACGUGAUGCCAGGGGAUGCCCACCCAGGGACGGCGGGUACGGCCUGCCUCCUCUCCUCAUUCUUCGUGGAGAGUGGCAAGGACACUGGCGUGGUCACUCUGCCCAUCAUGAAACGCAACUCCAGACAGACCCUGGGCAAAGUCCGAGUGGACUACCUGGUGAUCCGUCCUAUCGAGGGACUGCAGUGUGACAUGAGCUCCUCCUUCACCAAGUACUGGAGGAAGAGGAGUGCCCCCCUGGACGUGGGCCACAGAGGGGCCGGCAGCACACACGCAGCCAAACAUACCAAAGUCAGGGAGAACACCAUUGCUUCGUUCAAAAGUGCUGCCAAUCAUGGGGCUGCCUAUGUGGAGUUCGACGUCCAUCUCUCCAAGGACUGUGUCCCCAUCGUGUACCACGAUCUCACCUGUUGCAUCUCCACUAAGAAGAAAGGAGACAAGCACUCUUUGGAGCUGUUUGAAGUGCCGGUCAAAGAUCUCACAUACGACCAGCUACAGCAGCUCAAGCUGGGCCAUGCUUCUGCCUUGAAGGUGAACGACAACAAAGAUGACGACGACGAGGAAGAGGUUGACGAACACCAGCCCUUCCCUUCAUUCUCACAGAUCUUCCAUGCAGUGCCUGAAAAUGUGGGCUUCAACAUCGAGCUGAAGUGGAUUUGUCAGAUGAAGGAUGGUUCGUGGGAAGGAAACCUGUCCUCGUACUUCAACAUGAACCUGUUCCUGGACAUCAUACUGAGCUGUGUGCUGCAGAGAGCCGGCAAGAGACGCGUCGUCUUCUCCUGCUUCGACCCCGACGUCUGCACCAUGGUUCGUCAGAAGCAGAACAAGUACCCCAUCUUGUUCCUGACCCAGGGCAUCUCUGAGACCUAUCCUGAGCUCAUGGACAUCCGCUGCAGGACCACACAGAUCGCCAUGAGCUUUGCGCAGAGCGAAAACAUCCUGGGUAUCAGUGCCCACACAGAGGAGCUGCUUCAGAACCUGGAGCACAUCCGAGAGGCUCAAUCUAAAGGCCUGGUGGUGUUCUGCUGGGGAGACCUCAACAAUGACCACGACAACAGGACCAAGCUAAGGGAGCAGGGCAUCGACGGACUCAUCUAUGACAGGAUCUGUGACGACCAGGUUGAGCAGGCCAAAGUCUUCAAAGUGGAGGAGCAGCACACUCUGCAGGAGACUCUGAAGAGCUUUGUGUGCUCCUGCUACUCCAUCCCCUGCCAGGCGCCUAUCUGCACUGCCAACUCCAAGGUUCACAACGGCAGUGCAGAGUCCGACUCGGGCCUCAGCUCUUCCUGAGCAACUGUCUGCCUCCGAAGGUUGUCUCUAGAUAAGCAUGCUAGACAGGACAGAAGCGGCAGUGAAUAUAGGCAGAAUUUAUGAGCAAGUGUACACUUUCUUUUUUCUUAGUUCGAGUUACAUAGGAGCUACACUAGACGCUGAGAAAAACUGUCACUUUUUUUAACAUGCUACACUGGAAGAGUAACUUUUUGCCAACGUGAGCCACUUUAUCCUAAUGCAGCUCACACUGGAGCACAAUCCUGAAAAUGGAACCAAGCCUGUCACAAAGCUGCUGUUCUUAUUUAAUGGUUUCAUUUAAAUUAGAAGUGUGUCACAUUCUGCAAGAGUUACUCGUCCGGUGUUGCUUCUACAUUAGGUGAUUUUUUUUAAUUUUUUAAAGCCCUUUUGUCCUUUUGUAGCAUGGCCAGAUAUUGACAACCCCUUCCCAAACUGACAUCCACUCUGUCCACUGAAGCAAUAUUCAAGCUGUGUCCAGAUGUUUUCUCGCAGCUGUUUGUUUUAACUGGAAGGAGAAGGGUGUUUUGCCAAAAAUGGCAUCUGGUGUUUGUUAUUAGGACUUCAGUUGAAAGACUGUGGGAUAUGCACCUCACAAAGGAAUCCACAUGUCUUCACUUGGAAAUGAAUGCCUACUCAAGGAAUUUAUUUUGAGCUUUAUAUUUUAUUAUGCCGAUUUGCUAAAUACAAAUUGAAGGUAAAAUGUACUGUAUAUUAGCUUUCCAGAUUGAGCUUUUCUUAUUGGUGACAUCUGUGUACACGUAUUGCAGUUCAUGACUGAUAACAGCCCACAGUUUGCCUUCAGCUUGCUGGUUUAAUUUAGCUAAGAUGUAGUUUUAUGCGGAUAAUGAUUUACCACACUAGUCUUACUUUUUUGCAUCUGCAUUAUGGUUGUCCACAUAUGAAAUAAGCCAGCAUUUUACAGUGUUAUUUUUGUUAUAUUUACUAAUCUAAUUUUGAAUGGCAGUGGCUACAAUUUAUAAUAGAUUUUCAAUAGAACAAGAGAAUUUGGGACACUGACCAACUCUCUCGCUCAGGUGAUUUUAUUUUAAAUUUGAUGUGCAUUUUAUUUUUUUAUUCAAUGGUGCAUUUGAACUUGUGCAAACUGAUUUGUAUUUAGGACUGCCCUGAGCUAUGCCAUUAAUGAAGUGUCAUUAUUGGAUGACCAGAUAAUGAACUGUUGCUACGGGUGCCUAAAUCUGAACAGAUUAAUUUAAUAUUGCUUUAAUGAACUGUUGAAUACACAUUUGUUUUUUUGUGGUUUUUUUGCUUUCAGCAUCACUUUAAAAUGUAUGGGUGAGUUGUGAGCUCAAUGUUCACCAUUAGGGAGGGGUAUAUAGGUAACCCUUUGUACUGGCUAGAUCUAAUCCACUUAACUCACUCUAGCUGAUUUGAAGGGAAGUAACGGUGUUUGCGCUACACAUCAGAAAGCCUUGCUGGGGAAGUUGUAUGAAUGAACUAGUCUGACUGCCACUUGUUUUGAAUCUCGUCAUACCUCACUCUACUUAAUGCAAUAGAAGACCAAGAUUGUUUCACAUGGCACAGUUUUCCUGUCACAUUGCAACUCGUUUUUCCUACCGGAUGUAUUUUGUUUGUACAGUCUUUUCUUUCUUUUUUUUAAUGCACAUUGAAGAUGUAACAGUGUAUAUUUCCUAAAUGGUGUACUGUGAUAUAUCACUGGAAAACAUAGACACAAGCACUGUCUGAGUUCGUUAAGUAAACUGACUUGACUCUUACCCCUACCUAGGUGUAUGGAGUCAUCAUGCAUGCCCUUCAGAGUGCUAUGGGUGACUGGAAUUGAGGGUCACUCAUGUCACACCCUUGAUACUGUCAGGACAAUGCUAGCUAACUGAUAUGAAAUGAAUAAAAUGAUUUAAAAACAUA